CCCCAAAAAGUUGUGAUGCUUUUCUUCACCCAGUGUUUUGGGGCAGUGUUAGAUCUCAUUCAUCUCAGGUUUCAGCACUACAAGGCGAAGAGGGUCUUCUCCGCUGCCGGGCAACUUGUGUGUGUUGUAAACCCAACGCGGAACCUAAAGUAUGUGUCCACCAGGCGUGCAGUCACACAGAGUACGCCAGAGCCUGCUGGCUUCCAUCCUCACCAUCACAUCCACCACCACCACCGCCACCACCAACAACAACGCCACCAUCACCACCACCGCCAUCACUCCCUCCCUCACCACCUUCACCAUCAGGAGGCAGUGUUACACGAGGCACCGCUUCCCCUCUGCAUCUGCCCUUUAUUCUCCUGUCAAUGGGAAGGCCAGCUGGAGGUGGUAUUGUCCCACCUGAGGCAAAGCCACAGAAUCAACAUCCUCCAGGGGGCAGAGAUAGUCUUCCUGGCCACGGACAUGAACCUCCCAGCACCAGCUGAUUGGAUCAUCAUGCAUUCCUGCUUGGGCCACCACUUCCUGCUGGUGCUAAGGAAGCAAGAGAAGUAUGAGGGUCACCCACAGUUCUUUGCCACCAUGAUGCUGAUUGGGACCCCAACUCAGGCUGACUGCUUCACCUACCGCCUGGAGCUCAACAGGAACCAAAGGCGCCUCAAGUGGGAGGCCACCCCCAGAUCGGUCCUGGAGUGUGUGGACUCCAUCAUCACUGAUGGCGAUUGCCUGGUACUGAACACCUCCCUGGCCCAGCUCUUCUCUGACAAUGGCAGUCUGGCAAUUGGAAUUGCAAUCUCAGCAAGCAAGGUCCAUGCCCCUGAAGUUGAGAUCUGAAGGACAGAGACACGGGCACAUGACUACUGCCUCCAAGAACAACAAACCUUAGGCUGUGUCUCCAUGCUUUCUGGAUGUCAAGACUUUAGACUUUCUUCUUCUUUUUUGGUCUCAGGUCUUUUGUGGUAUUUAGAAUCUGUCUGCCAUGGGCAUUAUGUUAUGUAUACAUCCUGUGAUUUAAGGUCUCAACGUAAUGUAAUUCCUGUUUUGUUGGUAUAACAUUAGGUAGUAUUUU